CACAGACACCGAUUUCACAGACAGCGACGACAAUAUCAGAUCAAGCAACAGCUUUCCCAUCGACGCUCAGCAUUGCCAUUCAUUGUUUUCCUGCAUCUUUGAGUCAGUCCGAACGAGCUCAGUAUGUAUUCAGCCGCAGCACUCGCAGCUCUUCUCUCUCUCUCCACUCUCGGAAUCAAUGCACUGCCAACCGCUGUGGACAACAAAUGGACGAUUUCCAACGUCUACAUCGGCUGCGGCAAUGACCCGGCCAAGGGCGGAGCCUUCUGUUCAUAUGAGUUUGAUGUCGAGGGCAAAGAGACCGACGAUUUGCCAGGAUUCAGCGGGCAUUGCUCCCAACGCAACACUCCAGGUGAUGAUAGCAUCAAGCAAUGUCAAUUGACAGGCGGCUGGAGCAGCAGCAACCCGAAUCGAAGCGUCAACAGCAUCGAUGCAUCCGUACAGCUGUUCCCGAACGAUGCUCAGCAGAGCAAGCUGAUACUUCAACUUACCUGGGACCUGAAGAAUGGUGCAAACCAAAACCACCGCCAUUUGGCGUGCUACCCAGACUGGCAACUACAAGUUCUUCAGCGAGGGCAUCACCCAUCCGCUCGACCUGAUCCCAUCUUCCUACAAGUCCUCGUCAGUGGCCUAAGUGUUACAGCCUUUGGUCUGGCUACGGAGAACAUGCGGCAAUGGAGAAAUGCCUAGAUAUUUACCACUCUGGGAAGGCAUGCUAUCCAAAGUAGCAAUUUGCGCACUCUACGCUCGUUGCUCGAGACUUAGACUAAUCUUAUUAAAAUCUUACGAAACCCUCAUUCGAAUCUUUCUUUGGGCGGAGCUAUACAUCGCGGCAGAUUCCCCGAACGCUGGCCAGAUGGUGAACCGUCGUCGAAACCACGGUAUUUGGGGAAUGGUCGCGAUAUCCAUUUGCUUUUUUGGAAUUUAUGCUUAAGCGGGAGUUGUUAUAAAGGUACAUGGUGUGAAGGCUCACUCCUUUGCCUUAGUCUUGAUAAUUGAACCAGCUCAUUCAGCUUCAAAAAUUGCGCUGUUAAUUU